AUGGCAAUUUCGGUUGAUGUGUAUCUGCUCAGUGGCAAAAGUGUUUCUCUUGAGAUUCAGGAAGAUGCAUCUGUGGAAAAAUUGACCCAAAGAGCUCAGAGAGCUUUGGCUGUUGGCAAAGGGCGGCUGUUGAGUGCUGAUGGCCACGUACUGGAUGCAGGACUGACGCUUCAGCGGGCACGUGUGCAGAGUGGCGAUGCGCUAUGUCUGCAAAUUCGGCUGCCCCAAGUCGCAGCACCGAAGUGGAGAAAAUGCACUGAAAUUGGAAAUGAGAGCGAGGGUGCCUUUGCUGCCAUCCUCGGAGACGGAUCCGUCGUGACUUGGGGUCCCGCUCGUUCUGGUGGUGACAGCAGGUCGGUGCAAGCUCAGUUGAAGGGCGUGGAGAAGAUCCAGGCUUCUGAACAUGCUUUUGCCGCAAUCCUCGGGGACGGAUCUGUGGUGACCUGGGGCGAUGCUGAAUUUGGUGGCGACAGCAGUUCUGUGCAAGGUCAGCUGAGGGGCGUGCAGCACAUUCAAGCUUCGGGCGCUGCUUUUGCUGCAAUCCUCGGGGACGGAUCUGUUGUGACCUGGGGCGAUGCUGAUUCUGGCGGGGACAGCAGCUCAGUGCAAGCUCAGCUGAAGGGUGUGCAGCACAUUCAAGCUUCUGGCGCCGCUUUCGCUGCGAUCCUCAGUGAUGGACGUGUCGUUACAUGGGGCGAUGUUAAUUCUGGUGGGAAGAGCAGUUUAGCGCAAGCUCGGCUGAAGGACGUGCAGCACAUCCAAGCUUCUGAACAUGCUUUUGCCGCCAUUCUCGGUGACGGAUCUGUGGUGACUUGGGGCCUUGCUGUUGCAGGUGGUGACAGCCGCUCAGUGCAAGCUCAGCUGAAGGGUGUGCAGCAAAUCCAGGCUUCUCGACAUGCUUUUGCCGCAAUCCUCGGUGACGGAUCUGUGGUGACCUGGGGCCUUGCUAGUUCAGGUGGCGUCAGCAGUUCUGUGCAAGCUCAGCUGAAGGGUGUGCAACACGUCCAAGCUUGUGGACAUGCUUUUGCCGCAGUCCUAGGCGACGGAUCCGUCGUGACCUGGGGCCGUGCUGUUUCUGGGGGCAACAACGCUUUGGUUCAAGCGCAGCUGACAGGUGUGCAACACAUCCAAGCUUCUGAAAAUGCUUUUGCCGCAGUCCACGGUGACGGAUCUGUGGUGACCUGGGGCCUUGCUGUUGCAGGUGGCGACAGCCGUUCAGUGCAAGCUCAGCUGAAAGGUGUGCAGCACAUCCAAGCUUCUGGACCUGCAUUUGCCGCAAUCCUUGGUGACGGAUCUGUCGUGACCUGGGGUAGUUCGAAUUAUGGGGGCGGCGGGGCCAACAGCACUGCUGUGCAAGCUCAGCUGAAGGGCGUGCAACACAUCCAAGCUUCUCAAGGUGCUUUUGCCGCAGUCCUGCGUGACGGAUCCGUCGUGACCUGGGGCCUUGAUGUUGGUGCUGACAGUGGUGGCGGCAGCAGUUCCGUGCCACCUCAGCGGGAGGGCGUGCAGCACAUCUAA